AUGGAGAGACCCUGCCCGGAGGAAGCUCGGGGCCCCCGUCUCGAGCCAGGCCCAGAGGGAGGGCCCGACAGCAAGCUCCUGGUGGCCGAGUUUGCCAUGGAGCCCGGGAAACCGAUAUUCAAAAUGACUCCAGAAGAGAAAGCUGCUCCCACAUUUAAUGCCACAUUUAUUCGCCCUGCAAAAUUCUAUCUCAGUGGGUUUUCUAACACCCCUCAUGUUAAGUAUUACUAUGUUUUCCUGUGUUUUGUAUAUAUCAUGACUCUUCUUGGGAACAGCUUCCUUCUCUCAGUUAUUUACCUGGUCCGGUCUCUUCAUACUCCUAAAUACAUGAUUGUGUUUAACCUGGCUUUGACAGAUUUGUGUGGGAGCACAGCCCUCAUCCCAAAAGUCCUGGACACGUUUUUGUUUGACAGGAGAUACAUUGUCUACGAGGCUUGCUUAAGUUAUAUGUUCUUUGUUUUUUUGUUUUUAGCUGUGCAGUCAUGGACACUUGUCACAUUGGCAUAUGACCGAUUCAUAGCAAUUUGCUUCCCUUUAAGGUACCAUAGUAUUGUGACAAAACCAGCUAUUGCUGCAAUUCUUCUGAUUGCGUGGAUUGUUUUAUUGAGCCUCAUAACAUUUACAGCUGAGGCUUUUGAUCGCCUCUCCUUCUGUAACUCUUUGGUGAUAAAGAGCUUAUUCUGUGAUCAUUCACCAGUAUUUCUCCUGGCUUGUAAUGACACAUCUUUAAAUAACAUAAUGGCAUAUGUUGCUUUCAUGGCAGUCCUCUGUAUUCCUCUUGUAUUGAUAGCAUUAUCAUAUGUUUGCAUUUCCAUAGCACUGAGCAGGAUUGCAUCAGGAGAGGAACGACUUAAAGCAUGUAAAACUUGUACUUCUCACCUGAUUCUUGUGGCAGUUUUCUUCCUACCAAUACUGGGCACCAACAUAGCGUCAGUAGCCUCUUACAUCCACCCUAAUGCCAGAAUAAUAAACUCCUCUUUGACACACACCAUACCUGCAUUGCUAAAUCCUAUUGUGUACUCUUUAAAAACAGAAGAAGUUCUGAUCUCCAUCAAGAAGCUUUACAAAAGAAAUAGGAUUAGCAAUGGAACUAAAAAAUGGUGA